CUCAAGGCCUACAACUCCGACUUCAACUCGGACCCCAACCCUCCCCGCCUCAUCGGCAACUUCCCCCUCCUCCCCCUGCGCACCAAGACCCGCGGCCCGGCCUACGUCCUGCCCUUCCCGAACCCGCCUCUUCCCGCGCACGAGUCCCCCGAGAUCGAGAGCGAGAGCUACGACAUCCUCGACGAGGUCCUCCGCCUCUUCCGCGCAAACACCUUCUUCCGCAACUUUGAGAUCAAGGGCCCCGCCGACCGCCUGCUCGUCUACGGCAUCUGGUUCGUCAGCGACUGCCUGCAGAGGAUCAAGCCCAAUGCCACUCUGCGCGAGGCCAGCAAGGAGGUGAAUAACCUCGCGCUGGACCUCAACUUUGCCAUCCCUGGUGAUCCCGGUUUCCCCCUGAACCAGAUGUACGAACCCCCUAAAGACAGGCAGGAGGCAGAGCAGCUCAAGCUGUACAUGGCACAGGUCCGACAGGAGCUCGCAUCACGACUACUGGCUAGGGUGUACGAGGAGGACGAGUCCAAGCCCAGCAAGUGGUGGCUGAGUUUUGCAAAGAGAAAGUUUAUGGGCAAGUCGUUGUAA